AUGCGCGGGCUUGGGACCAUGCAAGCUGUCCUGUGCAGCCUGGCCUUCAUGGUUGGAGUUGCGGCCAAGGAAGAUCCGGACUAUAACCCAUCCUUGAACUUUCGACCCAACAAUGUGACCCUCAGCAUUCUCGACUACUGGGUGGGAUCAUACUAUAACGGUACCACAGAUGUGGAAUUUUCGUUUUACACCGGGCUGGCUUCGAAUUGGAGUUUCCAUUGCCCCAAUCUCGUCAACACAACGGUUACCAAACAGUACAAUUCUACCGUGCUGGCCCUUACAGAGCCCAGCACCUAUAAUGUUGGCUACGACCCAGUGAAUGCUUUCUUCACUAUGUGGUCCAACAACUUCAAUUUCUCCACAUUACCUGGUCCAAGCUGGGAUGGAUUACAAGAAGACGCAUCGUUGAAGUUCGCUAUGUUUUCGUCGGAUCCUACCUACCAGGUGGACGGCAAGGCGGUUAACAACUUCAACUGGACACUCAAUCCAACCCAAGGCCCACCGUACAGUUUAUCAAGUACCCUCACAGAGUAUGACCCACAAGGGGGCUGGGGCUCCAACUUGGCCAGUUGCAACGGAAGUGACCCCAUGGAGUGGAACUUAUUUCCGGCUCCCUGGACUGUCAAUGGAAAUGGACUUUACCUGCCUGAUCCGGUGCUGGAUCUUCAAUUUGAUGGGAAAACCGCUAACCUCUCCUUGAAUGGCUAUUUCAUCGGCUAUGACACGGUUAAGGAAGGUACAAUGACUUCUACUGAUGGGAUGCUUGUAGUAGGAGGGAUGAAAGUAUCCUUUUUGGGCGUCCUUGAUGCCUAUCAUUCAGAUGUCCUAGCCAACAACACUGCUACACCGACUUGGCUGCGCACUGUGGGAUUUCAAAAUGAUUCCUUGAAUGUUGGGUACACCAGCACAGCAAGCAAUGUAUCAAGGGGAAAAUUGGUAUUGGCUACUACGGUUGCCCUGACAGUUAUAAUAGGAUUUGUCUAG